AUGGAUGAAAGAGAAGCUUUGAGAGAGAGUAUUCUAUCUCAAGAACAAGAAUUUCAUUCUUCUUCUUCUCUAAUCUCUUAUUUAUACGUUGGCCACUUUUUAGCUAGAUGGGGUUCCAGAAUGUGGGAAUUCUCAGUUGGUUUAUAUAUGAUAAGUAUUUGGCCAGACUCGUUGCUGUAUGCAGCAAUAUAUGGUGCUGUUGAAUCUGCUUCCAUUGCAAUUUUUGGUCCAAUUAUUGGAAAAUGGGUUGAUAAUUUGACUUAUCACAAGGUUUUGAAAUUAUGGUUGGUGACACAAAAUCUAUCGUUUAUUAUUGCCGGUGCCACCGUAGUUUCCUUACUUGUCUUCUCAUCUUUGAAGUUUACAAAUUUCCCAGUUUUCUUACUACUGGUGGUGAUAAUCAAUACCUGUGGUGGCAUUGGUGUACUUUCAACUCUUUCUGGUACUAUCCUGAUAGAAAGAGAAUGGUUGUUGGUUAUAUCGGAAGGUCAACCGCCGGAAUUACUGACAAAGAUGAACUCAGUUACGAGACGCAUCGAUCUAACAUGCAAGUUACUUGCACCUGUUAUAACUGGUUUUAUAAUAAGCUUUGUAUCACUUAAAGCAUCUGCUAUAACACUAGCACUUUGGAAUAGUGUUUCUGUUUGGGUGGAGUAUUGGCUUUUUACAUCAGUAUAUAAUGGGAUUCCGGCUUUGCGUCAAAGUAGCCAAAGGAGAACCGAAAGGCUCUCGCAAAGUGAUCUAGAAAGGACUAAUUCAACUUCUGAGGGAGAUAGUUUGCUUAUUGAUAGCUCGGAAUCGGUAGAUGUAAAAAGCAGGACAGGAUUUUCCGAGUGGAUUUCGAAAAUCUCGUAUGUUGAUGCUUGGAGAGUUUAUUUACGGCAAGAAGUUGUCUUUCCUGGACUAGCUCUGGCUUUGCUGUUUUUCACUGUACUCAGCUUUGGAACUUUGAUGACAGCCACUUUAGAAUGGGAAGGUAUACCUGCGUAUGUUAUUGGAAUCGCGCGAGGAAUAAGCGCUGUAAUUGGAAUAGCUGCGACAGUUUUAUAUCCUGUUCUACAGAAUCAUAUAUCGGCUAUUAGAACCGGACUUUGGUCUAUCUGGUCUCAGUGGACUUGUCUACUACCUUGUUUAGCUGCAAUUUGGAUCGAAACUGGCAUGUCGUCGUCGUAUAUUUUGAUGGGAAGUGUCGCAAUAUCUCGGCUUGGAUUGUGGAUGUUUGACUUAUCCGUACUUGAACAGAUGCAGAGCCUUGUUCCUGAAUCGGAUCGUUUGAUCGUUGGAGGCGUUCAGAAUUCACUUCAGUCCUUCAUGGAUUUAUUAGCCUAUGUUAUGGGAAUCAUAAUAUCUGAUCCAAAGGAGUUCUGGAAGUUGAGUUUAUUAUCAUUUCUGGCUGUCACGUUAGCUGCAUUCCUCUACUGCAUCCAUGUGUUCCGCGUGCGGAAGCAUAUCUUUCACUUUGAAAAACUUAUCUGGUGUAAUUCUUCUGCAUGA